UGCAUCUCUCCCUCUCUCUCCUCUUUUCUCCUCCUUGUCUUCUCCCUGUCAGCAUCUCUCCUCACUCCCCCUCAUUCUGCCUUUCCACCCACUCGCGUCCUCUCUCUCUCCUCCCCCCACCUCCGACCGACCCCCUUUCCCUCUAUUUCCACUGGCUUCUCACGGCCCCUGCUCUCCUCUUUUCCUCUUCACCUUGGGGAGCUUGUCCCACCCCCACCCCAGGCCCCUGACUGCAGACCCCACAUCUGGGUCCCUGCCCCCCAGGAUGCAUCCUGGAGAUGGGGGGUGAUGCACCAGGCACCGCUGGGCAGUCAAGGCCAGAGAGCAGACGGGAGAGGCGUUGUGGGCAGACGGGGCCGCCGAGGGCCCGGGAGGGGCCCUAGCCCACAAGCCGUCUAGAAAUGGGCACCGUUUGGGUGCCCUGGCUAGGGGUGCUCUGGGGAGCCCUGGGGACUGGGCAGCGAGGGGGGGCAGCAGAACGAUAACCAGCCUGGCGGCCAGGAGGGCACCCCUCACCCCGUGGGCAGUCCUAGGAUCUCGCAUCGUAGAGCAGCAGAAUGUCGGAGGGGAGGAAGCCAGAUGCAGCGCGGCAUUGGCCCGGCUCAGCGCAGCUCUCCCAGCCCCCCCACGCGCGAGCUCAGCACGCUCAUUAAUCUCCACAACGCCCCCGGAGGCCUGUAGCUGACUGCCGACCACCCUCCCCUCGGCCAUGGACACCCCUGGCUAUCCUUCACUGGUGCCCACGACCCCGGAGCCCGAGAACGCCUCCUCGGCCUGGCCCCUGAAUGCCACCCUGGGAAACGUGUCGUCGGGCCCGAGCCCGGCUGGGCUGGCCGUCAGCGGCGUUUUGAUCCCACUGGUCUACCUGGUGGUGUGCGUGGUGGGCCUGCUGGGCAACUCGCUGGUCAUCUACGUGGUCCUGCGGCACACGGCCAGCCCGUCCGUCACCAACGUCUACAUCCUCAACCUGGCGCUGGCUGACGAGCUCUUCAUGCUGGGGCUGCCGUUCCUGGCUGCGCAGAACGCUCUGUCCUACUGGCCCUUCGGCUCCCUCAUGUGCCGCCUGGUCAUGGCCGUGGACGGCAUCAACCAGUUCACGAGCAUCUUCUGCCUCACCGUCAUGAGCGUGGACCGCUACCUGGCCGUGGUGCACCCCACCCGCUCGGCCCGCUGGCGCACCGCGCCCGUGGCCCGCACCGUCAGCGCGGCCGUCUGGGUGGCCUCCGCUGUGGUGGUGCUGCCUGUGGUGGUCUUCUCGGGGGUGCCCCGCGGCAUGAGCACCUGUCACAUGCAGUGGCCCGAGCCGGCGGCAGCCUGGAGGGCCGGCUUCAUCAUCUACACGGCCGCGCUGGGCUUCUUCGGGCCGCUGCUGGUCAUCUGCCUCUGCUACCUGCUCAUCGUGGUGAAGGUGCGCUCGGCUGGGCGGCGGGUGUGGGCGCCCUCGUGCCAGCGGCGACGGAACUCUGAGCGCAGGGUCACACGCAUGGUGGUGGCCGUGGUGGCUCUCUUCGUCCUCUGCUGGAUGCCCUUCUACGUGCUCAACAUUGUCAACGUGGUGUGCCCGCUGCCGGAGGAGCCUGCCUUCUUCGGCCUCUACUUCCUGGUGGUGGCGCUGCCUUAUGCCAACAGCUGUGCCAACCCCAUCCUCUACGGCUUCCUCUCCUACCGCUUCAAGCAGGGCUUCCGCAGGGUCCUGCUGCGGCCCUCCCGCCGCGUGCGCAACCAGGAGCCCACGGUGGGGCCUCCAGAGAAGACCGAGGAGGACGAGGAAGAGGAUGGGGAGGAGGGAGGGGCGCAGGGGAAGGGGAAGGAGGAGAACAGCAGGGUCAGCCAGAUCACACAGCCUGGCAGCAGCGGGCAGGAGCGGCCGCCCAGCAGAGCAGCUGGCAAGGAGCGGCAGUUCCUGCCCCAGGAGCCCUCCGCUGGGGAGAAGUCCAGCACGCUGCACAUCAGCUACCUGUAGGGCCCUGGGGACGGCCAGGGUGGCCCGAGGAAGCGGCAGGGGCCAUGGGUGUGCCUGGGGCAUGCUGCCCAAGGUGCCAGAGACCCCUGCUGAGAUGUUCAGAGGCCUGGGCUCUGAUCCCACUGCUGCCGGGGCUUGCUGCGUGGCCUUGGGUAGGUCGCCUCCCUCUCUGGGCCUCGUUUCCACCUCUGUGACUCAGGGAUAGGCGUCAGCAGCCUGGAUGAGCUCUGUCGGGCGACAGGUCUGGUGGGCAUCGCCGCUGGGCUGACCUUGCUGAGCGGGGCCGGGUUAGAGGCUGAGGGUAGGCUGGCCUGCCUCCCAGAGAUGAGCAUCCUGGGGACCAGCCUGAAUCCUGGCCCUCAGAGGCCUGGAUUUCCCGGGCUCAGGGUCAGGGACACGGGAGACGCCAGGGGCUGGGCUGGAGCCCCAAACAGAAGAAAGUCUACCCUGGGGGGAGGAGAGGCUACAAGUGCUCAGGCCCCGGUCAGCCGCCCCCACCCCCACGGGAUGUGAGGCCUGGGGCCGGCUGCACCCUCUCAGUUGUCCUCUGCCGGACAACUCGGGAACCUCCAGGCCCUCUUGGCCCAGUCGCUCAGAGCUGGAGCUCCUGUGCUCCUGGACACGAGGAGAGGUGAACUUUCUAGGAAGCUAAUUGUGUCCAGCUUGAGGGUCCCUUACUGCCUGGGCUCUUUUGAGGCCCUGCAUCUAAUUUUGUACUGUAAUUUUGUAUUCCUUUUCUUAGAGAGGGACCCCAAGCUGCAUAAGCCUAGGCCACCCAACGCCUGGCUCGGGGCCCUGUUGAGGUCGGCCACCUGAUCCCUGCGGCAGGUUGCUUUGGGUCUUGCGGCUGGAAUUGGGGUGGGGGCAUCCCCGGAUCUUUGAAGGCUUCCAAGAGCCUCCUCAUGGUGGGACCUGCCCUGUUCUCUCCUGGCGACCUCUCUCCUCCCUCCUGGAGACCCAGGCAGGGACCCCUGUGGACCGGCGUGGAGAGGCAGCGUCUGAGCAGCGCUGGGAGGAGGAGGAGAUAAGAGGCAGAGGAGGGAGAAGGAGCAGGAGGGAGGACGACAGGUCUGUUUCUGGGCGCCAUCGGUGGCCCUGUGGGCUGAGCGUGGCCGCAGCAUCUAUGAACCAGCGUCGCCGCGGCCCGGCCCAGCCGACGUCAAGGAGAAGCUGCACAGCCGAGUGGGUGAGCGAGCGCUCAGGGCCGGGGAGUUCCAGGAACAAGGGUUCAGGCCUUGACAAAGGCCACAUUGGGAGAGUGGGGGGCAGGCCUCCCCAUCCUCUUUGUUCCUGGGGGCUGCAGGUGGGGGCGGCCCCAGGAAUAGAGACAAGGGGGUCUGGAGCAGAACCACGGGGAGUAGCCACUGUCCAGGGCUGGGCCCAGCUUCCUCCCGGAGAUGAUCCCUUCGAGCCGUGGCAGGGCCUGCCCUGGCGAGGGUGGCACCUCUGCGAUGUCCCUCCACCCCAUUCCCCUGCAGAGGACGGGGGGCCCUCAGGGAAAGCACAGGGAGCAGAAUUUGGGAGGCCUGGAUCUUCAAACUGCCUCCGGAUCCAUGGCUAGCCUUGGCCUCUCUGGGCCUCAAUUUAUUCAUCAUAAGAUGGGGGUAGUCAUCCCAGCUUGUCUGUCUCCUGGGACUUGGGAGAGAAUGAGUCAUGCUGGGUAAACUGCCAGGCUCACUGCAAUGAAGGCCCUCCCCACCCCCAGGCUUGGCCUGUACCCCCCGCCCCAGCUCAUCAAGUGGCCUCUCUGUGUCUGCCUCUUGGGGUGUGGACACUGCAGGCCAUGAGAAAUGGGAAGUUGGAGGUCAGAGGCCAAGGGGCAGGGAGGCAGGGCUCAGGGACAGUGCAGGAGGGGAAGGACGUUCACAAAACCAGAGAUUCCAUGGAGACUGGGGGCUGGAGGCCCAGCCCUGGAAUGUGGUCAGGGGUCCCCCUGAGGAGGAUCUGAGCAUCUGAGGGAGAAGGGACCCCUGGCAUCCCAGCCUUCUCUGGCCAACCCUGCCUUCCUGACUCCUGGGCAGAUGAGCAAUGUCCUGCAAGGACAGUGGGGAGGCCAGUUAGGAAAUCCUGCUGCUUCUGCCGCUAGCUCUUGUCAAUAAAGAUGGUGAUACGCGA